AUGGUAAGGAAAGGCAAGGCAAGGAAAGGCAAGGCAAGGCAAGGCAAGGCAAGGCAAGGAAAGGCAAGGCAAGGCAAGGCAAGGCAAGGCAAGGCAAGGCAAGGCAAGGCAAGGCAAGGCAAGGGCAAGGCAAUGCAAGGCAAGGCAAGGCAAGGGCAAGGCAUAGGCAAAGCAUGGGAAGGCAAUGGUAAGGAAAGGCAAGGCAAUGCAAGGCAAGGCAAGGCAAGGCAAGGCAAGGCAAGGCAAGGCAAGGCAAGGGCAAGGCAUAGGCAAAGCAUGGGAAGGCAAUGGUAAGGAAAGGCAAGGCAAGGAAAGGAAAGGCAAGGCAAGGCAAGGCAAGGCAAGGCAAGGCAAGGCAAGGCAAGGCAAGGAAAGGAAAGGCAAGGCAAGGCAAGGCAAGGAAAGGCAAAGCAAGGCAAGGCAAGGCAAGGCAAGGCAAGGCAAGGGCAAGGCAUAGGCAAAGCAUGGGAUAGGCAAUGGUAAGGAAAGGCAAGGCAAGGCAAGGCAAGGCAAGGCAAGGCAAGGCAAGGCAAGGCAAGGCAAGGCAAGGCAAGGCAAGGGCAAGGCAUAGGCAAAGCAUGGGAAGGCAAUGGUAAGGAAAGGCAAGGCAAGGGAAAGGCAAGGCAAGGCAAGGCAAGGCAAGGCAAGGCAAGGCAAGGCAAGGCAAGGCAAGGCAAGGCAAGGGCAAGGCAUAGGCAAAGCAUGGGAAGGCAAUGGUAAGGAAAGGCAAGGCAAGGCAAGGCAAGGCAAGGGCAAGGCAAGGGCAGAGGCAAGGCAAGGCAAGGGGGACAAGGCAUAGGGCAAAGCAUGGGAAGGCAAUGGUAAGGAAAGGCAAGGCAAGGCAAGGCAAGGCAGAGGAAGGGCAAGGCAAGGCAAGGCAAGGCAAGGCAAGGCAAGGCAAGGCAAGGCAAGGCAAGGGGGCAAGGCAUAGGGCAAAGCAUGGGAAGGCAAUGGUAAGGAAAGGGCAAGGCAAGGCAAGGCAAGGAGCAAGGCAAAGGCAAGGCAAGGCAAGGCAAGGCAAGGCAGGCAAGGCAAGGCAAGGCAAGGCAAGGCAAGGCAAGGCAAGGGCAAGGCAUAGGCAAAGCAUGGGAAGGCAAUGGUAUGAGGCAAAGGCAAGGCAAGGCAAGGCAAGGGCAAGGCAAUGCAAGGCAAGGCAAGGCAAGGCAAGGCAAGGCAAGGCAAGGCAAGGCAAGGCAAGGGCAAGGCAUAGGCAAAGCAUGGGAAGGCAAUGGUAAGGAAAGGCAAGGCAAGGCAAGGCAAGGAAAGGAAAGGCAAGGCAAGGCAAGGCAAGGCAAGGCAAGGCAAGGCAAGGCAAGGGCAAGGCAAUGCAAGGCAAGGCAAUGUCAAGCAUGUUGAGUAAGACAAGGAAAAGGCAAGGCAAGGCAAGGCAAGGCAAGGCAAGGCAAGGCAAGGGCAAGGCAUAGGCAAAGCAUGGGAAGGCAAUGGUAAGGAAAGGCAAGGCAAGGCAAGGCAAGGAAAGGCAAGGCAAGGCAAGGGACAAGGCAAGGCAAGGCAAGGUCAAGGCAUAGGCAAAGCAUGGGAAGGCAAUGGUAAGGAAAGGCAAGGCAAGGCAAGGAAAGGCAAGGCAAGGCAAGGCAAGGAAAGGAAAGGCAAGGCAAGGCAAGGCAAGGCAAGGCAAGGCAAGGCAAGGCAAGGCAAGGCAAGGCAAGGCAAGGCAAGGCAAGGCAAGGCAAGGCAAGGGCAAGGCAUAGGCAAAGCAUGGGAAGGCAAUGGUAAGGAAGGCAAGGCAAGGCAAGGCAAGGAAAGGAAAGGCAAGGCAAGGCAAGGCAAGGCAAGGCAAGGCAAGGCAAGGCAAGGCAAGGCAAGGGCAAGGCAUAGGCAAAGCAUGGGAAGGCAAUGGUAAGGAAAGGCAAGGCAAGGCAAGGCAAGGGCAAGGCAAUGCAAGGCAAGGCAAGGCAAGGCAAGGCAAGGCAAGGGCAAGGCAUAGGCAAAGCAUGGGAAGGCAAUGGUAAGGAAAGGCAAGGCAAGGCAAGGCAAGGAAAGGAAAGGCAAGGCAAGGCAAGGCAAGGCAAGGCAAGGGCAAGGCAAUGCAAGGCAAGGCAAUGUCAAGCAUGUUGAGUAAGACAAGGAAAAGGCAAGGCAAGGCAAGGCAAGGCAAGGCAAGGGCAAGGCAUAGGCAAAGCAUGGGAAGGCAAUGGUAAGGAAAGGCAAGGCAAGGCAAGGCAAGGAAAGGCAAGGCAAGGCAAGGCAAGGCAAGGCAAGGCAAGGUCAAGGCAUAGGCAAAGCAUGGGAAGGCAAUGGUAAGGAAAGGCAAGGCAAGGCAAGGCAAGGAAAGGCAAGGCAAGGCAAGGCAAGGCAAGGGCAAGGCAAUGCAAGGCAAGGCAAGGCAAGGCAAGGCAAGGGCAAGGCAUAG